AUAAAGGAAAUCCACUUGAUUCAACAUAACGAACACAGCUCCCGUCAACGCGGUGCAUUUGCAGACUACAUCCACAAACAGUCUUCACAUCCCACGGACUGCCUUCCCGCCACGCUCGACAAAAUGCAGCAGCUGGCGCGUCAUCGGCCAUUUCGUGUCGCUCAGGGCGGGCGGCGCUCGGCCAUGCGCGUGGCAGCGCAGUCUGGCGCUGCAGCUGGCCAGGCACCCGUCAUCACUAAGCGUGUCCACUUCAAGGGCGACAGUGCCUUCAGCUUUGCGCCCAUCAUCAACGGAUGCUGGCAACUGGCGGGCGGACACGGGCGGGAGGUGUACGAUGGAAUCCAGGAGAAGCUGGAGGCGCACGCGGCCGCGGGGCUGACGUCCUUUGACACCGCCGAUAUCUACGGCCCCAGCGAGGAGAUUCUGGGCCAGUGGCAGCGCGCGCAUGUCGCUGCCGGCGGCGCCCCCGUGCAGGUGUUCACAAAGUACGUGCCCAACAUCUUCCAGCAGCGCCCCACGCCCAGCAAUGUGGAGGCAGCCAUUCGCCGCUCCCUCAACAAGCUGCAGGUUGACAAGCUGGACCUGGUUCAAAUGCACUGGUGGGAGUACGGCAUCCCCGGCAUGACGGACGCGGCGCUGGCCCUGGCGGACUGCCAGGCCAAGGGCCUGAUCCGGCACGUGGGCACCACCAACAUGGACACGGCGGCGCUGGACGCCAUAGUCAGCGCGGGCGUGCCGGUGGUGGUCAACCAGGUCCAGUUCUCUCUGCUGGACCGGCGGCCCCUGAACGGGAUGGUGCAGUACUGCAGCGAGCGCGGCAUCAAGCUGUUCACGUACGGCAGUGUGGGCGGCGGACUUCUGAGCGACAAGUACGUUCAGGAGCCCAAGCAGGGCCUGUUCGGCUUCGGCGGCUCCAAGUACCCGCCCGUGGACCUCAACACCUCAUCGCUCAAGAUGUACUGGAACGUGACCAAGCAGUUUGGCGGCCAGGAGCUGUGGCGGGAGCUGCUGGCGGCGCUCAAGGCCGUGGCGGACAAGCACGGCGUCAGUGUGGCCAACGUGGCACUGCGCUGGGUGAUGCAGCAGGGUGACGGCCAGACGGUGUGCCCCAUCGUGGGCCUGCGCGGCACCGCCCACAUCGCCGACAACGCCCGCGUGCUGGCGCUGACCCUGGACGACUCCGACCUGGCCGCCAUUGACGCCGUGCUGGCCCGGUCCACGGGGCCCACGGGCGACUGCUACUCCUUUGAGCGCGGCAACUGAGGGGGCGGGUGAGGCCUGAUGGAGAGGCGGGCGGAGGUGGUGGGUGACGCGGCUGUGGUGGCGGAUUAUAGGCGGCGGCGGUGGUGUGGAGGACAAGGAGGUGGAGGAGGAGGAGCAGCAGGAGGGGGAGGAGGUGGGCAAGUGGUGGGGAGAAGCGCGUGUGGCAUGGUAUGCAUAUGUGCAUGGCGCCGAUUUUGCCGCGGCGCGGGUGGGCGUUGGGGGCGCGGCGUCAAGGGCCGGCUAGGCAAGAGCAGGUGCCCGCUUGCCACCUGGAAGGCGGGCAUGUUGGACACAAUGAGCAAGGGCAACAAGAUGAGCGGCAGUGUCGUGGUGCAUCGCAUGACCAUUUUGCUUCGUGGGGGUGAGCACGCAUUGAGGCGCGUGUGAGAGCAAGCGAGCAGUUCCUCGUGUUCUGUGUGUGGGCUGCGUGUUGAGUUUGCUCAUCCAGAGAGAGGUGAUGUGGUGGAGGCUUGGUGCUGGUGCUUCAGGGUGCUAUCGUAUUGACAGAAGGGGACGCAGGACGCGGGUGCGUGCCGCGUGCGUGUCAUGAAGAGGUGCGCACGUGGGGUGCCCUCCGGCCCUCCGAAGGUGCCCGCACAUGCUGUAACGAAAGCAUCCA